AUGCUGGUGUUCCAAUGUGCCUCUAUGACAAUAAUGCGACAGAAAAUCAUAUUACUCACGGUGUUCUACUGGAUAUUAUGCACCAAUAUAUCUCAGAUCUACGCGGAUUUGCUUCUUGAUGAACGCGUGUGUACAGUAACUGAAGAGAGUCCAAUAGGAACAGUGGUUUGUGAUCUGGAAACACUGUGGGACAAAAUCGGUGUUCCCUUCUCCCUUCCCACUCGUCCUGUGAACCCGAUCGCCGGUUCGGUGGCAAACAAAUCUCCCGUGCAAAUAACUGUCAUAAAUGAGGCCAAAACGUUUGUGGUGGUCGGCACUCAGAUAGUCUCACGUGAUCGAAUUGAUCGGGAACAGUAUGUGCUUACCAAACACUGUCGAAGUACCCGUUCGAACGGGCAUGGAAUGACAACAGACGGAAAUGAAUUAGGUGAGUGA